AGGUUUCACUUCGGUGAAUGUUCGGGAGUUACCGAGGAGCUGCUUGGCUCUAGACGCGACGGUGCCAGAAAAGUUGGAAAUGUGACACUUGUAAAGGAGGCAAUAACAAAAACGAAACAGCUGUAGAAAGUUCCAGGUACGAGAAAGAGUUAUGCAUGCGCAUGUAUGCAAUUGAAACCAAGCUCGAUUUCCUACUUAGCUUACCCGGAAAAGUUCAGUCAAUCGAGGAAUCUGUUCAGGUGAUUUCGGAUAAGUUUGACCAGUUUCAAACGCGACUACUUGCCCAAGAAAAAUCAACAAAAGAACUGGAAAAACGUGUUGGAAUCCUUGAAAACUCUAGCCUUAAAGAAGUUGAUCAGCUCAGACUAGACGUUGAUAACUUAGAAUGGCGCAGCCGUCGUCUUAACAUCGAGAUACAUGGCAUUCAAGAAACAGAAAACGAAAACUUGAUCGAAAAGGUAAACAGUAUUGCAGAUAAGAUUUGCCAACCACAUAUAACGAAGGAUGAAGUCACCGCUGUGCACAGACUUGCAGCGAAGCCGGGAAAGACGCGUGGGAUCAUAAUUCGCUUUGCAAGGCAGGAACAGCGUGAUUCCUGGCUUGCAAACAAAAAAGAGUUAAAGAAAGAAAGUGGAAAUGUGUACAUCUGCGAGAAUAUGACUCGACUUUCCCGCGAACUUCUGUUUACAACUAAGGAUUGGGCAAGGAGCGCUGGAUAUGCGUUUGUUUGGCAUACAAAUGGUAAGGUGUUGGCGCGAAAGAAAAAUGGUGAACGUGCAGUGGUUAUCAGAAGUGUGCGCGAUUUGGAGGACUUGAAGUAAACUGUGAAGCGCCUCCUCAGUCUCCUUGCGCUUUUUAAGCACUAUAAUUAACAAGGAUGACUCUACCCGAUGUAUGUACUUUCGGUUCAUCUGUUAAUAGCGCAGAUGCAAACAUGAUGGGACUCAGCCAUAAUGUCUGCUCUUAUCAUGAUUAUGACUCUUUUAAUGCAUAUUAUGGUGA